CACGUUCAGUGACCUGCGCGACGCGCUGCUCGACGCACGCAUCGGCAUGUCGGAAGAAAACGUAGUGUUCCCACAAAAAAUACUCAAGAAAUUCAUACUUUUAUACAAAGAUCUGCCGUGUUUGUGGGACAAAGAAUGUCCAGCUUACAAAAUCAAAAUGAAACGACACGACGCCAUCACUAAAAUGACGGAGUUAGUGCAGGAAUACGAUCCGUCCGCGACCAGAGUGCACAUUUUAAGAAAAAUUGAGAGUCUACGGGCGUGCGUACGUAGGGAAUACAAGCGCGUUCAAGAAAGCAGGAGGAAGGCUAAUUGUGAAGAAGAAGUUUACGUCCCUAAUCUGUGGUAUUACGACUUACUGUCAUUCAUAUUUAAGAACGAAGCGCCGGAGCCAGCAAGAUCGCCUAUCCCCACUGCUGAAACGGAGGAAGAAGAAGACGAGGACUGUCAAGUCUUCGAUAGCCAAUCUGUGGACUACUCGAACGACUUCAACGAAACAGGGAACAUGGUGGAAGCUGAUGAUGUGUCAACGAUAUCCAAAAGAUAUUUGACGUUUGAAGCUGAAUCUACAACUUCAAAAGUUAAGAGACAGUUUACUGAGGUGGAAGAUGAAUACGAUGCAAUUGCAGGUAUUAAUGUGGCCGCCAAACUCAGGUAUCUACCGAACAACAUGAGGGUCCUGGCUGAGAAGUUGAUCAACGAUGUUCUAUUCCAAGCCCAGACUAAUAGUUUGACGUCAACAACGGCAAUUAUGACCCCGGACCCUUUCAAAUCUGACGCCAAUUAGACAAAUGUCAUACAAUAAGUUAAACUAAUGUAAAAUACUUAGUCCUGUUAAUAUAAUUUAAUGAUAUUGCUACGCCGGUAAGAGUAAAGCCAUC